CGGCUGGCUGGUUACUCGAAGCCUAUUUCACCGUCAAUGAAAUAAACGAGCGAUUUCACGGGGUCGCAUUUUUUCUUAAACUAGCGUGAAAUUUUUUAGUGUCGGAUAAAAAAUUUAAUGUAAAAUGUGGAACUCGUGGGACUUAAUAGAGGCCGUAUUUGUUAUUUUGAUGGUGGAAUUUUGUAGCGGUCAGUUAGGUGGCCACGAGGUGGAGCGCACCCCCGCCCUCGGAAUCAAAGGGACCAGAUGCUACGACCAAUUCAACAGACCGCAGAGAUGUAUCCCCGAAUUUGAAAACGCCGCUUUCAACAUGGAAAUGGACGCGACCAACACAUGCGGUGAAAACGGUGAACAGGAGUACUGCGUUCAAACGGGCAUCACAGGUAUCAGAAAGUCCUGCGAAAUUUGCUAUCCGGGACAGCACCACGCCCGCUACUUGACCGACUUUCACAAUGUGGACAAUCCCACCUGGUGGCAGUCAGAGACGAUGCUGGAAGGGAUUCAAUACCCGAAUCAAGUAAAUCUAACCCUCCGAUUUGGCAAAGCGUUCGACAUUACUUACAUUCGAAUUUGGUUUUAUUCACCCAGACCGGAAAGUUUCUACAUUUCGAAGAGGAAUUCAGAAAACGGAUCGUGGACGCCGUAUCAAUAUUAUAGUGCAACGUGUCGUGACACCUACGGCCUUCCGGAUCAGACCUACACCACCAGGGGGGAAGAAACCAGGGCCCUAUGCACUUCGGAAUAUUCUGACAUCUCACCGUUACGGGGUGGAAAUGUAGCUUUCGGUACCUUGGAGGGUAGACCUUCUGCGUAUAACUUCGACGCCAGUCCCGGGCUACAGGAAUGGGUAACAGCCACCGAAAUCAUGGUGACCUUGGACCGCAUCAACACUUUCGGCGACGAAGUCUUCGGCGAUCAACAGGUGUUGAGGUCGUACUUUUACGCCAUCGCCGAUGUAGCUGUUGGGGCGCGUUGCAAAUGUAAUGGUCACGCCUCUGAAUGCGUAUCGUCCACAGGCCCCGGCGGUACUAGAAGGCGAGUAUGUAAGUGCGAGCACAAUACAGCGGGCCCUGACUGUGGUGAAUGUCUCCCGUUCUAUAACGACGCCCCGUGGGCUAGGGCUACUGCGCAGGACGCUCACGAAUGUAAAGAAUGUAACUGUAACGGAUUUUCAACCCGAUGCAUGUUCGACGCGAAAUUGUACGAACAAACCGGUCACGGGGGUCACUGUCUGGACUGUACGGCGAACAGAGACGGUCCCAAUUGCGAACGCUGCAAACCCAACUACUACAUGCGCGAAGACGGUGUCUGCGUCGCUUGUGAAUGCAACGAAAUCGGCUCCAGAAGCCUCCAAUGCAACUCGGAAGGCAAGUGCCAGUGCAAAUCCGGAGUCGCCGGUGACAAAUGCGACCGAUGCGCCCAAAACCACUACGAUUUCUCGAAAUCCGGGUGUAAAACAUGUGGCUGCUCCGUAGCCGGAUCGGCUGUCAACCAGCCGGAUUGCGAUCCGAUCACAGGAAGUUGUUUUUGCAAGGACAACGUGGAGGGAAAACAGUGCCGCGAUUGCAAACCCGGAUUUUUCAAUCUGGAUGUUACCAAUGAAUUCGGCUGCACUCCGUGUUUCUGUUACGGGCAUUCGUCCAAAUGUACCUCGGCUAUGGGAUACUCCAAGUACGCUGUGGAGUCAAACUUCGCCAAGGGUAUCGAAAGAUGGCGCGCCGAGGAUCAGUUCGGCAGAAAUAUUGCACUGAAAUACGAAUCUAUAAGUCAGAGCAUCGGAGUUCAGUCUCAGGACGACGAGGCCGUGUACUUUCUGGCCCCCGAACGAUUCUUAGGAGACCAAAGGGCUUCCUAUAAUCAAAUUUUGGAGUUUGUUUUUCGGGUGGGAGAUACGAGGCCGCUUCCGACAGCUACCGAUAUCAUUCUGGAAGGCAAUGGGGCGUCCGUAACCAACACCAUCUUCGCCCAAUCGAACAAGAUACCGUCAAUACAGACGCAACAGUACAGAUUUCGGCUCCACGAGCAUCCGGACUUCGGAUGGCAACCGAGACUGAGUUCCCGUAACUUUAUUUCAAUCUUAACCAAUUUGACAGCCAUUAAAAUUAAGGGAACCUACGCUCCUCAAGGGGUCGGAUUUUUGGACGACGUCAAGCUGGAAACCGCCGCUAGGGGCGCAGCCGGCGAGCCGGCCCUAUGGAUGGAAUUUUGCGACUGCCCCCUCGGUUAUGUCGGUCAAUUUUGCGAGUCUUGCGCUCCCGAAUUCCGCCACUCGCCGGCGCUCGGCGGGGCUUUGACGAACUGCAUACCCUGCGACUGCAAUCAGCACGCAAAAAUCUGCGACUCGGAGACGGGCAAGUGUAUCUGUGAACACCACACCACGGGCGAGAAUUGCGACUUAUGCGCCAGAGGUUACUACGGAAACGCUCUGGAGGGAACACCCAACGACUGCCUCCCGUGCGGGUGCCCUAAUGGUGGUCCUUGCAUUCAAAUCGAAGGGGACGAGAUCGUCUGCACCGAAUGUCCAACCGGAUAUUCAGGUCAUAGAUGCGAUGUGUGCUCCGAUGGGUACUACGGUGAUCCAACCGGAAGGUUCGGUCCACCCGUUCCGUGUCAGGUUUGCGAAUGUAACCAAAACAUCGACACCAACGCCAUCGGCAACUGCAACACGACGACAGGAGAAUGUGUGAGGUGUAUACACAAUACCAGAGGCAGUCGUUGCGAAGUCUGUCUACCAGGAUUCUACGGCAACGCUUUGGUGCUUCCCAAAGGUGAUUGCAAACGAUGUCAGUGUUAUUCGGUGGGUACCAAACCAGACUCCAAAGGCGAACCCGUUUGUGACCCGUCAACCGGUUCCUGCCAAUGCAAACCGCACGUGAUCGGAAGGAAUUGCGACCAGUGCGAAGAUGGGUUUUUCAACUUGCAAAGCGGAGAGGGCUGCCAGUCUUGCAACUGUGAUUCAGUAGGCGCUCUCAACCAUACGUGCAACCUUUACACAGGACAGUGCUAUUGCAGACCUGGGGUAACGGGGUUGAGGUGCGACCAUUGCGAGACGCGCAAGUACGGCUUCUCGACAGAGGGUUGCACGGAUUGCGAUUGCGAUCCGAUCGGGUCCCGGGACCUGCAAUGCGAUUCCGUGGGACGUUGUCCCUGCUUGGAAAACGUAGAGGGACGACGGUGCGACAGGUGUAAAGAGAACAAGUACGACAGACACAGAGGCUGCGUGGACUGUCCCGAUUGUUACAACCUGGUCCAGAGCGCCCACAGGACGAACGGUGACAAGCUCGUUCGCUUGGCCAGCAUUCUGGACGAAAUCGAACGGCGGCCUACUGUUAUCGAGGACGCCGACUUUCCCGCGGAGCUCAUCAAGUUAGAGGACGAGAUAGAUCAGUUUCACGAUCAAAUCAAAACGGCAACCGGCGAGAGCAGUGUCAUGUACCAAGUGCAGGACAUCAGAAAACGAGAGAAGGACAUCUCUCGCGUUUUGUCUACUGUCGAUGAGAACGUGGACGUGAUAACGGCGAAAAUAGACGACGCCGAGCGCAACAACGAGCACAGCGACAUACUCCUAGAAGAGAUCCAGAUAAGGUUGAACGAGGUGCAAGGGGAGUUCGAGUUGCAGGCUGCGAAAAGCUUGGAGGAAGCUUGGAACAGGUCGAACGUGGCCGGUCAGCAAUCGGACCAAAUGACCAAGAUCGCGCAGGUAGCUAGGGAGAUUGCGGAAGUGCUCGAUAGGAAAGCCGACGUUCUCCUGAAAACUGCAGACGAAGCGAAAAAUAAGUCGAUUCAGGCGUAUGAAAAGGCGAAAAACGCCAACCUGGAACAAUCGCGGAUCGAAGACGACGCCCGGCGCCUUAACAAGGAGCUCGCGGACGCUGACAGGAAACUGAAGAAAAGUAAAAAGUGGACCGAAGAAGUGAACGAGCAAGCGAAAACGGCGAAAAGCGACGCCACUGCAUUACUGAACGAAGUUAACAAUUUGGCGGUCCCGCAGAUCGACGUACCGAAGCUGAGGGCACGGUCCGAUAAGUUGAGGGACGAGGCGCUUCGGAUCGGGAACCGAACGGAAGAUUUGUUUAGGGACAGCGAAGAGCUGAGGAAGUCCAUUGACGACAGAAACGAGGAGGCCGCGCGAUUGCUAGACAGAGCGGAGGACCAGCAGAACGAAACCGACGAGCUGCUCAGCGAUAUCUACGUGGCGAAUAAGAGCGCGGAGGAGACUCUUGACCGAUGGAACAAGUACCUCAAUGAAAGCGAGAGCAUUUACAAUGAUCUCAAAGACUUCGACACUGAAACGCAGAAGAGCAAAGACGAAGCUGAGGAGGCGUUGAGAACGAUCAGUGAUAUCGAGAACAUAAUCCUGGAUACCACCGAGAAAACCAAAGAAGCGCAACUGGUCUUGUCCGACGCCGAAGAAAACUCUCAAUCCGCCUUGGCGAAGGCAUUACAGGCGAAGGAGUUGGAAGCGAACUCUUCGGAAUUGGUGGGGCGCAUUAAAAAGGACUCUGAAAACCUAUUGGGAGGAGUGUCGGGCUUGGAACAGGAAGCCGAGAGUAUGCGAGAUCGAGUUGAAAAAUCAGAAAACGCGCUGAAAGGUUUGAUCGAGAUGGCCAAGAGUAACGACUCGCUGGUGGAAGUCGCCAAAGAGAAGGUAGGCAAAGCUGGCAAGGAUACGGACGGGGUUUCAAAAAAAGUGGUCGAUCUUCUGGGCGGUGUUCGCGAGAUUAUCGCAGAGUUGCAGAGCUCACCGGAAAUUGACGAGGGCGAGUUGGCGCGUCUGGAAGAAGCCAUACAGUUAGCGGAGGAAAAACUGAACGAGGCCAAGUUGGAAGAGAAGCUGUCGAGGCUUCAAGAAGAGCACAGGUCGCAGAACGAUCUUAUCGAGCAAUACAAAGUCGAUAUUAGCGCUAUGAAGCGCGACGUGGAUAAUAUCGAGGAGAUAGUGAAAGCCUUGCCGGAAGGUUGUUUUAGGCGGGUCGAACUAGAGCCUUAGGUAGUCGACACCGGGUUGAAAAUACCAUAGAAAAAAUAUAUUUUUGUAAAUAUGUAUUUUUGUACCAAAGAUGAUUGAAAGUUCCGUAAUAAAAAAAAUAAAGGAUUGAAUGCCCCUUUAUAGAGUUACGAAAAAUAAA